GGAUAUUGAGAGCGCCGGAAGAGAAGCAGGUGUCUUCCUUGGCCAUCUUGUGGUUGUCCACCGUGAGCUGUUCGUUCGAAGCCUCGAAGAAUCGGAGGAGAAUCCCGUUGUUGGGGCGCCAUCAUGCCCGGGCAUCUGCAAGAAGGCUUCGGCUGCGUCGUUACCAAUCGGUUCGACCAGCUAUUGGAUGACGAAUCCGACCCGUUCGAGAUAUUAAAGGCGGCCGAAAACAAGAAGAAAGAUGCGGCCGCGUCGGGCGGCUCGAAGACGGCAGCUCAAGCCGCUAAACAGCCGAAGAAAGAGUCCCAGAAAGACAGGAAAAAUACAACGCAGGACAAGAAAGAAGACAUCCAGGCCCCUGUGCCACUUAAGAAGGAGGGAAUAAGGAGGGUUGGUCGGAGGCCGGAGCAGCAGGGUCAGGCCAGUUCCCAACACCAAGGAGGUCAAGGAGAGGGUCGGCCUGGCGACAGGCGGCCAGACAGACGACCUCCUCGUGAGCGCCGCUUUGAUAAACCAGCUGAUGAUAAGCCAGAGGGUGGCGAGUUCUCUGCAGACAACUCAAGAUUGCCAAUUGGGGAGAAACCAUCUCGAGGACGUGGAGGAGGAGGACGUGGGAGCAGAGGUGGCCGUGGACGAGGCAUAGGACGUGGAGAUGGUUUUGAUUCCCGGGGCAAACGUGACUUCGAUAGACACAGCGGCAAUGACAAAUCUCGACAGAAAGGAGAGGAGAAGCGCGGUGGGAGUGGCCCACACAACUGGGGCAAUGUGAAGGAAGAAGCCAGUGAGCUUGAUCAGUCCGCAGCCCCUGAGCCUGUUCCUGAAGGGGAAGAGCACGUCCCUGUCGACUCCGAAAACAAGGAGAAUGAAGUAGAGGAGGUGAAGGAUGAAGGUCCUAAGGAAAUGACACUGGAUGAAUGGAAGGCCAUGCAAGACAAAGAACGGUCCAAAGUUGAAUUCAACAUCCGCAAGCCCAACGAAGGUAACGACAGUCAGUGGAAGAAGGGCUAUGUACUGCACAAGUCAAAGAGUGAGGAAGUUGGCACGCGGCAUGCUGGAUCUGUGAUUGAAGCUGGAGAUGUUGAUCCUGACUCAUUCCACAAGGCCGAAGAAGGUGGAGAUCACCACUUCCGUAAGCCAGCCAAUGACAUCACCUCCCAGCUGGAGAUAAACUUCGGAGAUUUGGGUCGGCCAGGACGUGGUCGUGGAGGUUCUCGUGGAGGCCGUGGCGGUCGUGGUGGUGGUGGUGGUGGUGGUGGUGGUGGCGGCGGCGGCGGCGGCGGCGGAGGGGGUGGCGGCGGUGGCGGUGGCGGUGGACGGCCAAGCCGAGGUGGAGGCAGAUCUGAGAAGGGUGGAGGUGUCUCUGUUCCCAAUGUGGAUGACCCCGAGGCUUUUCCGGCCCUGGCUUAAACCUCAGCUCCACCACCUAACCUUCCUCCAGGCUCCCCUCCUCUUUGACGCUUGCAUGCUUAUGGAUCGUUCGACCAUACAAAACCGGAAAAUAGAAAUACAUGAGACUGUCAUCCAUACAUAUACUGAGAACUGACUUUUACCUGCGGAAAAACACAAAAAGGACUUCUUGUUACACUGAAGCAAAUUAUGGGUAGAGGUUUUGUAUUUAGAGACAUGAUAGCAGGGAUGUUCAUACAGUAUUUUUUCCCUUUUUUUUCCAGAGAUUAUGCAUUCGCCAUAAAUAUUUUUUUAUUGCUGCUUGAAUGUAUGCAUUUUCAAGAUAGAAGUUGAAGUGUGUUGUGAACGCUUAAGCUUCCCUCUGGACACUGCGGUGUCUGCGUGUAAUUGAGUACACUCUCAAUGGCUCUACCAAAAGCAGAAAGUUUUUUUUUUUGUUUGUUUGUUUGUUUUCCUCUUUCUCUCCACCAAGUGAGAAUACAAGACUUGUAGUGAUGAUUUUACUAUUAACAUAUACAUGAUUAAUGUAUAUUGACUAUUUUAAAUGUUUUGAAAGAAAGCUCCAAGGUCAAGCUACCCUCCUGUUAAUUGGAUUUUUUUUUUUUCUUGACCGGUAGCAAGAAGCAAAUGCGUCGUCUUGAUCUUGCUUUGGUGUUUUGUCGUCCUCUGCUGGACCUGUGAUAUUAGUAUGCAUAGUUGUCUUUGUUCCUCAGAGAGAUUUCUUCCUCAUCUUGUUAAAUCACCCAGGGCUCAAUGUAGAUCCAGGCUGGUCCUUAAAUCAUACAAGAUUCAUCCAUUUAGGACCACUUUCAGAACUGUAUACAUAAGUGAUUUGUUGUGCGUGUGUAUGAGAGAAAGAUAACCUGUUUUAAAAAUUCAUCUGCCAUAAGUUUAUUUUCCUGAGCUUGGAUGGUAAGUUUCAGCAAGUCAUGUUCUUAACAUGAAGUUUUAUUGACUUUUUAGUGAGUUUUCUUUAGCUAAGGUUGUUGACAUAUCUUGCACUUAGAUUUAUGGUGAUGUUUGAAAUAUAGCUACUAAGCACGUGGUCUAUUUGCAUCAGUACCAUUUGUUUUAUUUUUAUUCCUUCUGUGAUCUUUGCUGUGUUUUUAUUUUUAAUUAUUACUAUGAUGGCACUACUGCUUGCAUUUUCUGAAAAAUGUCUAAUUCAGGGUGGGACAACAGUGUGCUGCAAAAGAAAAGUUGGAACCAGCUUCUUAUGUAUGUGAAAUAGCAAGACCUCAAAGUGUGAUGGCCGAUGUACUCUGUAUUCAUAGGAGGGACAAUAAAAUGGAAGACGACACUA